AUGAAGGCCGAAAAAGACAGGCGCACUGGCAUAGGCACCAAGGGAAAUUGGGUGGCUCAUCUGUUUCUCGCGUUUGCCUUAUGGAAAGCGCUUCUCCUCUCUCUCGCAGUCCUCUGCCCCGGACCUGGCUAUGAUACUUCGGCGCGCAUUCUUUUGGGGGAAACGGUGCAUCCUCCCGACCAGGCAUUGUCCCAGUCGCUUCUUGAUCGUGUAACACGCGCUCACUUGCGAUGGGACGCCUUCUAUUUUGCGGGUGCUGCCCAGCGGGGUUACGUUUACGAACAAGAAUGGGCGUUUAGUCGGCCGUAUUCCUUCCUCAUGGCAGCCGUAAAAGAUCUUCUAUGGGGGCGGGGCGAAACUCCGCUGAAGCUCUAUGUUUGGGCAGGUAUACUGAUCUCCAACCUGUUCCAUCUCAUCUCUGUGAUGGUCCUGUUUCGUCUUGCUCAUGCGAUUUCAAGACCUCACAAUAAUCGAGAGAUUGCUUUCAUUUCAUCUGCCCUGCACAUCAUCUCGCCUGCGGGUUUUUUCCUAUCUGCUCCUUAUGCCGAGUCACUGUUUUCCACCCUCAAUUUCGCCGGAAUGCUCUUCUAUGUCCGUGCCAGACAGACGGAAAAGACACUUGGAGCCUGGACCAUCUCACAAGAUGCCUACAUGGCGGCGUCGGGCAUAGCCUUUGGACUUGCUACGCUGUUCCGAAGCAAUGGCUUGCUGAGUUGCAUCAUCUUUCUGUACGAUGUCGUACAGCUUUCUCGUCAAAUAUUCGCCAUGAAACUGAGUAUACAUGAUGCUCGUCGAAUUCUCUCCACCUGCGUUGCCGGAGCUCUUCCUGUGUCGGCUUUCAUCGCUCCACAAGCUUUCGCAUACAAGCAAUUCUGCAUGGAUCAUCAACCCAGCAGACCGUGGUGCGAGGAGCUGAUUCCGAGUAUAUACACAUGGGUACAGGAUUACUACUGGAAUGUCGGGUUUCUUCGGUACUGGACUGUCUCCAAUAUUCCACUAUUUCUCAUCGCUGCACCCAUGCUUUGGUUGCUCUCCUGUACCGCUAUCACGGUGCUGCAAGGUCCACUAGUGACUCUGAUGUCUAGAACCAAUAAGGAGCCCCCGAUUCAGCUCGCUGACGGUGCGGGUAGGAUCUGCGACUUUCGACACCUGGCCAUUCCACAAUUGGCCCUUGUUGUGGCCGCUGCAACCAGUUUCCACGUUCAGAUCAUCAACCGACUAUCCUCUGGUUAUCCAAUCUGGUACAUUGUUGUUGCCCAUUGGAUUGCACACCAGGCAACAUCCCCUGCGGGACGACAACACAGCCUAUAUUCCCAGUUCGCAUUACGAGGCGCAGUCAUGUACGCAAUCAUCCAAGGGAUGUUGUUUGCCAGCUUCCUUCCUCCAGCCUGA